UGAUGCCAUGUUGCUGCUCCCCGUUGGGCAGUAGCAGCGUUGGACGCAACCUUGCCGCCGCGAAGAUUGGUGUGUGCCGAGAGAGAGGCGUGGAAGAUGGCAAUCAAGACAUCUCUGCGAUGUUGGGGGCGAUCCAGGAUCCCCCUGAUACGCCGAGUGAUACUGGUUCUGGCUGCAGCAUCGCUCGCUGCAGGUGCUACCGACCAUAAUCACUUCACUUGCAAGGAUAUCAAAGUAAACAACAAGCACUAUGACCUUUCGCAUAUAUCAUUCCCAAUCUCCAUCUCCUCAACAAAAGCCACACCACCAACAAAGACAGAGGAGCGCCUGGCGCUAGAUCUCUGCAAACCGUUGAACUACCACGAGCGAAGCCCGGCAAAUGACCAAUGUCCAAAAGGGUCGUGGGCGUGUCUGCUUGUGGUCAACUCCAAGCAGGGCGAGAGCGACCGUAUCACACAGGUGAUACCUCUCAUCACCCCUGAGAAAGAAGGAGGCGAACAGACUGCGAUACGGUGGGAUACCGACGAGGGAAACACGGUUGAAGAAGGCGAGCAGUGGCAACUACGGCUCCACGGAGCAACAUACGCCGAUAAAAAGCAGAAGACUCUCAUUAACUUUAAAUGCGAUCACAAGGCUCCAAAGAGCGCGAACCCCGUCUGGGAACAUUACGAUGCGCGAGAUGGCGAGCUCAAGUUGGAUUGGUCCACACCGUAUGCGUGCGCCAGCAACGACAAUGGAAACGGUGAUGAUGGCAACGAUGCAGGUCGUGGAAACGGCGAUGCCUCUCAACCUAGAACAGACGGUGGCUGGGGCUUCUUCUCAUGGUUUUUCUUCCUGCUGUUCCUCACAUUCGGCACAUAUUUUGCGCUGGGCACUUAUCGCAACUACCAACAAUUCGGCAUCAUCGAGAUCCCGCACAAAGAGUUCUGGCGCGAGUCGCCUUUCCUGCUGCAAGACGUGGCCAAGCAAGCCCUGCGAGGACUAUCAGGAGGGUUUCGCGGUAGCAGUCGUGGCGACUAUGAGGCUUUGUAAACACCUGUGAAUGCGGCGGGAGAAAGCCAUGCCAGUUUUAAUAUGCCCCCUGGGGUACAUUGAUGCGGGGCUUCUGAAGACAGAUCCUUUUCUGCCGAUCUUGUAGCAUACUACUGUUCAUUGCAUAUAAGUACAUGU